AUGUCCCGUACUUGCACAGGAGUUGUUUUAGACAUGACCGAUCCUUGCCAGUUCGGAAACGGUGGCUGCACGCACAGAUGCCUCAGCGGCGAGUCUGGAGUCGCCGAGUGUGCCUGCAAUCCUGGCUAUGAUCUUCAGGCUGACGGGAGGACAUAUCGCGAUGAAUGUGCGCUUGGCGAAGACCGUUGUUAUGGUGAAGCUGUCCAAUGUGUCAAUGAAAUCGGGACAUAUCGAUGUCACUGCCAACCGGGAUAUCUGUUGACUGGCGACAGUUUGUCAUGCAAAGGUAUAUAUUUAUUUAUAUAUAUAUAUAUAUAUAUAAUUUAUUUGCUAGUCAUGAAUUUUAAAUACUUCAGGCAAAAUAAAUUACAAAUCACUAAAUUAAAAAGUUGA